GACAACGAGGCGCUGUACGACAUCUGCUUCCGCACCCUGAAACUGACCACCCCCACGUACGGAGACCUCAACCACCUGGUGUCGGCCACCAUGAGCGGCGUGACCACCUGCCUGCGCUUCCCGGGCCAGCUGAACGCCGACCUGCGCAAGCUGGCCGUGAACAUGGUGCCCUUCCCGCGCCUGCACUUCUUCAUGCCCGGCUUCGCGCCGCUCACCAGCCGGGGCAGCCAGCAGUACCGCGCGCUCACGGUGCCCGAGCUCACGCAGCAGAUGUUCGACUCCAAGAACAUGAUGGCCGCGUGCGACCCGCGCCACGGCCGCUACCUGACGGUGGCCGCCAUCUUCCGCGGCCGCAUGUCCAUGAAGGAGGUGGACGAGCAGAUGCUCAACGUGCAGAACAAGAACAGCAGCUACUUCGUCGAGUGGAUCCCCAACAACGUGAAGACGGCCGUGUGCGACAUCCCGCCGCGCGGCCUCAAGAUGUCGGCCACUUUCAUCGGCAACAGCACGGCCAUCCAGGAGCUGUUCAAGCGCAUCUCGGAGCAGUUCACGGCCAUGUUCCGGCGCAAGGCCUUCCUGCACUGGUACACGGGCGAGGGCAUGGAUGAGAUGGAGUUCACCGAGGCCGAGAGCAACAUGAACGACCUGGUGUCCGAGUACCAGCAGUACCAGGACGCCACGGCCGACGAACAGGGCGAGUUCGAGGAGGAGGAGGGCGAGGAUGAGGCUUAA